UCUAGCUAGGUUGUAUUACAAGACAGGUCGUACUGUCGUCUCAGUUAGGUGCAGUAAACUCGCCUGGUACUGCUCCCUGCAGAGACAACCAACCUUGCAGUUGUCUAAGCGGACUGAAAAUGCUGUCCUACAUCAUUGGUCUGAUCCGGGGCGGCUUUGACAGCAUCAUCAACCUCAUCUUCAGACUUUUCUUCUCAAAGAGGAGAGCUGCAAUCACCCUAGAGGACCCCAACAUUAAGUAUGCACUGCGGCUGUUAGACAAACAGAUCGUCAGCCAUGAUACAAGAAGGUUCCGCUUUGCUCUGCCUUCUGCUGAACACAUCCUCGGUCUCCCAAUCGGGCAGCACAUCUAUUUGUCUGCAAAGAUCGACGGUAAACUGGUCGUCCGUCCGUACACGCCGGUGUCCAGUGAUGACGACAAAGGCUUCGUGGACUUGGUGGUGAAGAUUUACUUCAAAGAUGUUCAUCCCAAAUUCCCCGAGGGAGGGAAGAUGAGUCAGUACAUGGAGAGCCUCAAGAUCAACGACACUAUUGACUUCAGAGGACCCAGCGGCCUUCUCGUUUACAAGGGCAAAGGAGUUUUUGCCGUUCAGCCGGAUAAAAAGUCUCCAGCUGUGACCAAGACGGCGAAACAUGUGGGCAUGAUUGCUGGAGGGACGGGGAUCACUCCCAUGCUGCAGCUCAUCACAGCAGUGAUGAAGGAUCCACAGGACAAGACAGUGUGCCACCUGCUGUUUGCCAACCAGACUGAGAAAGACAUCCUGCUGCGGCCGGAGCUGGAGGAGAUUCAAGUCAACCACCCGGACCGGUUCAAGCUGUGGUUCACCCUCGACAGGGCACCUGAAGACUGGGAGUACAGCCAAGGCUUCAUCAGUGAGGACAUGGUGAGAGACCACCUGCCUCCUCCCGGUGACGACACCUUCAUCGCCAUGUGUGGACCGCCGCCGAUGAUCCAGUUCGCCUGCAACCCCAACCUGGACAAAGUCGGCCACUCCGAUAGCCGCAGGUUCACCUUCUAGACGUCCGUCCACGCCGAGGAAUCGAGGUUUGGGAAUGAAGGGCGGUUAAUUAUUAUCUGUACCCCAAAGCAUUAAAGCACUCAUAUAGUGACAGUGGGUAUUGCACUAUGUUUACUGUUUUUAUGCCAUGAUAUUCAUCAUGCAACAGAAUCACAGCGAGGACCAAAUCAUGUCAGUAGCAAGUGAGAUGGAAGGGAAGAAGACUUGUUUAGGGUUAGAGAUGAAUGUGGAGUGGGAUCGUUCGGAUGGGAAAAGGAGAAUUAGACAGUUCAAUGUUGUGGGAAAAUGAAGAUGUGAUUCCAUAUGUGUUGCAAAACAAACCCACUGUCCUGCUGUGGCCUCAGUUUCAAUAUCAGAAGAGUUGAGGUUUACUGGCUUUUUUCUGAGUGCCUUAACACCUGCAAAGUUUUUUUUAUGCACACUAUCAGAAUUUGUUAGCACUUGCUUAAUUUAUACAGAAUCAUUAGUUAUUCCAUUACAGCUGUUGAGAAUGUGUUACAGAGUUAUUUCUGCCGUGUACCUGUUGUCUCCAGAUGUCUAUAUUUUGCUAGAACAUGAUUGUUGAACGUGAUGUGGUUACUGAGACGACGUCUUUGCUUCAAGUCCGGCAUCAGUGGCUACUUGUGUUUGAAUAUGCAACAUAAAAGUCAAUUGCUACUGAA